AUGGGAACUCGAGCAACAGAAACUCAAGCAACAGAAGCUCAAGUAAUGGGAAUUCAAGCAAUGGGAACUCAAUCAACAGGGACUCAAGCAACAGAAACUCGAGCAAUGGAAACUCAAGCAACAGGAUCUCAAGCAGCAGAAGCUCAAGUAACGGAAAUUCAAGCAAUGGGAACUCAAUCAACAGGGACUCAAGCAACAGAAACUCGAGCAAUGGGAACUCAAGCAACAGAAGCUCAAGCAGCAAAAGCUCAAGUAACGGGAAUCCAAGCAAUGGGAACUCAUUCAACAAGUACUCAAGCAACAGAAACUCGAGCAAUGGGAACCCAAGCAACAGACACUCAAGCAACAGAAACUCAGGCAAUGUUAACUCAAGCAAUGAUAACUCAAGCAAUGGGAACUCGAGCAACAAAAACUCAAGCAACAGAAGCUCAAGUAACGGGAAUUCAAGCAAUGGGAACUCAAUCAACAGGGACUCAAGCUACAGAAACUCGAGCAAUGGGAACUCAAGCAACCGGAACUCAAGCAGCAGAAGCUCAAGUAACGGGAAUUCAAGAAAUGGGAACUCAAUCAACAGGGACUCAAGCAACAGAAACUCGAGCAAUGGGAACUCAAGCAACAGAAACUCAAGCAGCAGAAGCUCAAGUAACGGGAAUUCAAGCAAUGGGAACUCAAUCAACAGGGACUCAAGCAACAGAAACUCGAGCAAUGGGAACUCAAGCAACAGACACUCAAGCAACAGAAACUCAGGCAAUGUUAAAUCAAGCAAUGUUAACUGAAGCAAUGGGAACUCAAGCAACAGAAACUCAAGCAACAGAAGCUCAAGUAACGGGAAUUCAAGCAAUGGGAACUCAAUCAACAGGGACUCAAGCAACAGAAACUCGAGUAAUGGGAACUCAAGCAACAGGAACUCAAGCAGCAGAAGCUCAAGUAACGGGAAUUCAAGCAAUGGAAACUCAAUCAACAGGGACUCAAGCAACAGAAACUCGAGCAAUGGGAACUCAAGCAACAGGAACUCGAGCAGCAGAAGCUCUAGUAACGGGAAUUCAAGCAACGGGAACUCAAUCAACAGGGACUCAAGCAACAGAAACUCGAGCAAUGGGAACUCAAGCAACAGAAACUCAAGCAGCAGAAACUCAAGGACUCAAGCAACAGAAACUCGAGUAUUGGGAACUCAAGCAACAGACACUCAAACAACAGAAACUCAGGCAAUGUUAA